GUGAAAGCGGCGCGAAAAAUGCAACUGUUUUCCGACAGAGCGAAAGUUUAGUUGCGCAAAUUUGAGUGAGUUCGUUUGGAAUGUCGCGGAAGGAUUUUUUGGUGAGCAAUAGCGGGCCAUGAGCUUCAGGUGGGACACUUUCGGGAGCUUUAAGAUGUUAGCCGGCCGUCGUGCUGAAAAAUGUGAUUGCCGAAAGUGAAGACAUUCUGAAAAGACAUGAAUGAUUCAAAUUCCACCGAUUUAGACGUUGAGGAACUUUUGAGAACAAACCAGUUUCUUGUGAUCGGACUUUAUGUACCGGUGUUUGUGACAGCGUUACUUGCGAAUGUUUUGGUGAUCUGGGUUGUGAUCAAGGAUCAGUAUAUGCGAAGGUUACGUCAGAGGUCUCUCAGUGAUGCAAUGUUUGUACAAAUGCAAGGCAAAAAUCACCUUAGACUAAGCAGAAAUCUUCGUAGACGAGUCGUUACGAACUACUUCCUCGUAAAUCUGUCUGCGGCGGACUUGUUGGUGACUCUUGUGUGCAUGCCAAAUGCAGCGUACCGUGCAUACACCUCCAUUUACAGUUUAGGCGAAUACACAUGCAAGAUAUCAGCGUACUUCCAAGGUGUGUCCGUGGCAUCCAGUAUUUUCACCAUAACUGCCAUGGCUUUGGAUCGCUACCUAGCGAUCACCAGACCCUUCGGUUUCAUCUACCGCUGCUUCAACAGAAGGACGACCAUCAUGGUCAUCUUAGUGUUAUGGCUUUUGUCUUUCUUGCUCUUCUUGCCCAUCCUCAUGGUGGUUGUUACUUGGAAGGUGCCAGAUAUACCUUUUCAGAACAGGACUCUAUAUGUUGACCUCUACUUCUGCGGGGAAAACUGGAACAUCUACUUCGGGGAUGUUGCAAACGAGAUGCGUCUGGCUUUUGGAAUCACCUGGUUUAUCUUCAUGUUUGUCGUUCCAGGAUUGAUUAUGCUGUUCGCCUAUUCGAUGAUGAGUCGCACUCUCUGCUCCGGAGUUCCACCUUUCGACAGCAACGAUGGACUGGCCUCUGUGCAACAGAGGAACCGACUUAUACGAAGUCGAAGGCGAGUCGCAUGCAUCCUCCUCCUCUUGGCUUUCGUCUUCGCAGGCUGCUGGCUCCCAUACCACAUCAUCAGUCUUGUAGAUGACAUCAACGGCGCUUCGACAGACGAAAGCCUAAAAACGAAGCUACUUCUACUAGGCCACGCCAAUUCCGCCCUUAACCCUAUUAUUUAUUGCGCUCUGUCGCGCAGAUUCAGAAAUUCCAUCAGAGAUUUGAUCUGUGUCGAGAUACACUUUACCAGACGGCGGCAAAAUAUGCAGUGGGCCGACAGUUCCGGAUCCGGCACGCAGCUCCAUUACUUGCACAGGAUUAAAUCUGUCCCGACAGUCCAUAAUCAGCUCCAUUUCACCGUCAGCCGCCUCCAGUCUAGCCAGAAAACGACCAAAACGUGUGCGGUUUGAAGACAACGAAAAAUUCCCCAACAUCCGGCAAAUCGAAGUCCAAGGAGCGGAUGGAUCGCUUACAGAUUGAUGAAUGGAAUCGUUUGUUUUGUGCAAGUGAUGAGAAAAUUGCCGGACUGCCAUUCAAGAUUUAAUCUGAGAAGGAGGUUAAAUGUUUGAUGAGGGCGCUGGGGUUAGCUGAAUUCAAUUUUGGUUAAGACGGACAAAAACGAAAUUAAAACAAUCAAUUCUAAUUGGGUUAAUGGGCUUUUUCGGGAGAAAGAAACGUCACUUGAGUAAACAGAGAAUUUCGGUCUCGUGAUUAUGUCCUGGAUUUAAUUAAUUUGAAUUUAGAAAAAUGCGAAUAAUGUUUACUCAAGGGAAAACAAAUAAGCUAAUAAAAUUUUGGUUUAAUUAAGUAUUGGGCAAAUAUUUACCAGGUUUAUGUCUGCAAACGUUGCGCCGUUUAUUGUGAGUUAGGUAGUUUACAUUAAGAUUUUUUAAAUAAAACACCGGUUUCACUUCGCCAGGUGAAAUGUUUGGGAAAUUUUCCUCUAGUCCAGGCUGGCACACAAGUUUUAUUUUAUUUCGUAAUGUUAAUGGUCAAUAUUUAAAAGAUAAAUUACCACGAUACUGAUCAUACAUGUUCUACAUUACGACUGUAGUUGGUCUAAGGCAAAUAUCUGGUGGGUAUUUGUUGUUUUUAUUGAUUUGUAUGUGUUAAAUUAUGACUAUUCCAAAAUAACGACAAUGGUUUAUGAAAUGAAAUAAAAUGAAACAAAGAAUGUUUUGCGUCUAUUGAAAAUAAAACAAAACAUUAGUAUUUUUUCUAAAAUUUAUAUCAAACGCUGCCUCCUGUCGGUUGGUUGAAUGUUCCGGCUGGCCGUGUUUGGUCUUGUCAUAUCGAUUUUCAUUAUGCUAAUAUUAAAAUUACUGUUGUUAACAAAUUUCAUUACUUUUUACACUUGUUAGGAAUAUUAAAAUGACAGUUAUUAAAUGUACACUGCGCAAAUUUAAUUUCCUUUAGUUGUUCUGAAGUUUCUAUUAAAGGAGAAAUUUCUUUAGCCUCAUUAAGGAGAGCUUCGAAAUCCUGUCUUGUCAUGGAUACAAUUGCUCUUCAUGAACUUGGUUUCAAAUUAGAUAACAUUGGAGCUGAAUCAGAAUUAGUUGCGGACGAUCUUGAGCAAACAUCUCCACUCUGUAUUUUCAAUUUUGAAAAAAUGACUACUACUUCAAAGAUCUUUAAAAAAAUUUGUGCAGCAUUGGUUAAGACAUUUUAUAGAAAAAAAAUUUGUAGCUAAUGGGCUGAUACAUAAUGUUUGGAAAAUUCAGGCAUUCUCCACUGAAACAGAUCUCCAUACCAGUUUUUUUUUCAGUAAUUUUCAGCAUCGAUGGAUCUGCAUCUCUCCACAUAGUAUGUAUAAUCUACAUCAACAUAAUCUCAAUUAAACAAAUUUCAGUCACCGAUAUUUAAAGAGUUUCGAUCAAUUGAGUUUCGUUUCUAAAAUUCAAUUAAUGCACUUCUAAGCCGACGCUAUUGGGCCUGUUACAUUGAUAACGACUAUAGAAAAAAUAUUACAUUAUACACAAAGAAAAUCUGAGAUCUCUACGUGACAAACCACACAUUUUGCAAUAAAAUUUGUUACUUUUGUUGUUUUACUUGCGACUUUAUGUAGAUUUUUUCAAUAAUAAAUCUCUCAGACUGAAAAAAUAGAAUAUGACUACUAACAUUUGUGGCAUCAUUUCAAAACCAACUUGAUUGACGAUUUUUAUAAUCACCUUGUAUUUUUAUAUGGAAUUUUAUUCACAGCUGUAAAUACUUAGUACCUAAAUGAAACUAUUUAUACAUAUCAUCCGAAAAAGUUCACUUCUAAAUAUAAAUAAAGCAUACAGACUGUAUGACUAUUUAAAAAUUAACACCAUUAAAAUUACAUAUGUAUAAAUACAGAAUGUUUCAUAUUUAACGAUCAAUUUUAAAACUUCAGCCUGUAAAAGGAAUAAAUUUAACAACAAAGAAUUUACGAAACAAGGUUUUAAGUUUGUUUUUCUUUAAACAAUUUUGGGAAUCAGUUUUAUUGUUCCAUAGAUAUAACCAAAAAUUCUAAU